AUGAUCGUCGCUCCUUUCUGGGUAUCCAUUGCCUUCUUGGCUCCACGGGCUCUAGCAGAAGCGGUAUCUGCUACGUCCACUACCUCGACCGCCGCAACGCCAAGCUGUACAGCUUCUCUUAUCGAUAGCCUCUGUAGCUAUCCAGAGCCUAACGGCAAUUUUGCCGUCGCCGAAGACAGCGUAGCCUCUUGUUGGGACUACUGUAACAACAAUCCACCCUGUGACUUUAUCAUCUUCAAUGCCGGAAACCCUACCCUAGGCACAGGCACAUGCUGGUUGUAUCCCGGUGAAACGUUCGAUGCCAGCAAGGGCACAAAAUGUUCCACCCCCAACUUAUCUGUCUAUAACAAGCCUGUGUGCUCCGGCGGGAGCGCAACCACUACGUCGGGCGCCUGCGCCGCCACCGCAACUCCCUCUGCCAUUGCCUCGGUUUGUGGGUACCCAAUGCCUGGCGAUUGCUUUGAAAACUGUUAUGCCAGUUCGGGUGCGACGAACUGCUUGAGUAUCUGCGCAGAGGCCGACUCCUGCAGCUACGCUGUGUUCAAUCCGCACAAUGACGGCAACUCGCAAUAUGCUGAUGGCACUUGCUGGGUCUACCCCAACGGCACAUACAACGCCAAGGAUUCGACCACUUGCAAAGGUGGCCCGGAGCAGUACGUGUACAAGAAUGUCUGCCCUAAGCCGUCGUCAAAGGCAAAGUCAACUUCCUCAUCAUCCUCCGUUCUAUCAUCCUCCACUGGGACUGCAGAGGCUUCUUCGAGUUCGACUACUGGCGCUGCCCCAGGCUCCACUACCAGCAGCAAGAAUACUGCGCCUACCGGCCUCUCGCUCACCAAUCCGUUGCCCCCUAGGUGCGGCAAUUUUGAUGUGGCAGGCCUUAUAAUGAUAUCCCUGUGA